GACAUAUUUCUACGAGCUUUAAAAAAGAAUAGAAUUGAAACGACAAACCAUGAAAAUAAGGAAGUGUGACACUAAGCUAUUCUCUUGUUUUGGUGCAAGUACAAAGUAAUUUUAGAUUUUUCGAGAACGAUAUACGUACAUUGUUCGUAUACAUCAAUUUAAACCGACUUUUAUAUCAAACUAUCAGUUUUUAUCCCCUGUCGUUCUGUUUCAUUUUUAAAUAAUCGACUUUGCCUGGACAUGGAUUACAAACGGCAUCAAAAUGAACCGUGAGAUAAAUUAUUUGAAUAUUUCCGUUAUCUAAUGAAGAAGAGCAGAAUACCAGAAGAUGAUGUGUGUAUACAUUAUACGAAUAUCGCAUACGUUUAUUGCACUAGAGUUAAAUGGUCGACUAUGAAGAUACGUAUCCUCACCUAUGUACCACAAGUUUUAGUAAAGUACAUUAAUACAGGUAAUUUUUAGGAUAUCAUUAUAAAAGACACACCUGUCAGUAAUGGAGAUCGUAAAAGUUGACAAUUUAAUUCUUAUUGCUAAAGUUGUUAGUGGUACCGUUUUAGCAACAGCGGUAUCAUGUCUUGUGUGGAAACGUAUCAGGAAACCAGAAAAAAAAAACUAUCCACGUGACACAGUCAUUCUGCAUCAAAUAAGCAGGGGACCAUUUGCACCCAGUAUUUCACAAUAUGUGAUGAAGUUGGAGACAUAUUUACGGUUUGCAAAAAUUCCUUAUAUGAAUGCUCACGGUGUACAGAAAAGUAAAAAAGGAAAAUACCCAUGGAUUGAGUAUAAUGGUCAAGAAUUAUCUGACACGGAGUUUAUAAUAGAAUUUUUAAAUGAAACAUUUAAAAUAGAUCUAGACGAAAAAUUUUCAGCAAAAGAAAGGGGUGCAGCAAGGGCUUUUAAAAAAAUGUUGGAAGAGAACACAUUCUGGGCAGUAACGCUGGAUAGAUGGUUAUAUGACAGUAAGAGUAGUGGUUUCAGAUUAAUUGGAGUACCAGCUUGGUUUAUCUAUUUUCUUCGCCGGAAUGUUAAGAACACGACAUACGCUCAUGGUAUUGGAAGACAUAGCCAAGAAGAAGUAUAUCACAUACUUGACCGUGAUUUGCAUUCUCUCUCAGAUUUUAUUGGAACAAAUAAAUUUUUACUCGGUGAUGAGCCGUGUCAGGAAGAUUGUGCGGUCUUUGGUCAGCUAUCUCAGAUUUACUGGCAUGCUUUCGGGAACAAGUGCAACACCUAUUUAAAAAAAUAUGAUAAUUUAUGUGAUUAUUGUGAAAGAAUGAAAGCGAGAUUUUGGCAAGACUGGGAUCAGUGCAUUACAAAAGGAAUGACACAGAAAGCUACAAAGUAGUAGGAGGAUACUUCUCAAUUCUCUUCUGUUUUGAAUAAAAACUUGAAGUAGACACUGCUAUCAUGAACAAAAUACAUGUAUUAAAAUCUAAAUUAUUAA